CUCUUCUUCACCGACAGUGGGCCAGUCUCGGGUUCUACUGACUACACCACUGUAGUCAUUUUUCACGGCAGUGGCUUCACUGGCAAUACCUUCCACAAGCUCCUCCCAUUGGCUGCAGAAAACAAUCUGCAUCUCGUCAUUUUGAACAGACGUGACUAUGCCGGUUCGACAAAGUAUGCCGACGAAGAACUCGCAGAACUGAGCGAGGGAAAGACCAAAUUUUUGCAGCGCCUUGGAUCGGAGUCGGCGUAUUUCUUGGCGUGGUACAUACAGACCAACGACAUUCCAGAGAUCGGCGCAAACGACAAAUCUGGAGGAUUAGUUACUAUUGGAUGGAGUUUUGGGGUCACCACCAUGCUCACCAUUCUUUCCCAUCCGGAGGUUAUUCCCCAAGAGACCUACGAAGCGUUGGAACCAUACUUCCGGCAGAUGAUAUUCUACGGCUAUUUUCUUUCAGACCCUCCCCAUCUCGCUUUCGGAUAUGAUCAGCCACCGGAAGGAUACAACCCAUUUACUGAUCCCGAUCUCAAGACAGCCGAAGAGAUCUUUGCUAACUUUGGCUACUGGGUCAGCACUUACUACGACCACCCGGAUCUUGCGUCGCGUUCCCCAAGUGGGCUUGACUUUAGUAAACGUGGUACACAUCCGUCAACCGAGAACAUGACCCCGGAUGACAUGGCAGUUAUAUUUGACCGCGAGGCCGCUGGGAGGAUGGAGAUUCCCAUGUAUGCCUUUACCCCUCCAUCUCUUCUCCCUUGA